AAAUGUAAUUCCGAAAAAGAAAAGCGAAAAAUGAAAAGAGAGAGAAUCGAAGAGAGAUUUGUGUGUGUAAUUCACACCUGUCAAAGGAGGAAGCACUAUAUAUAGAGCGGCAGAAGCAGAAGCCCCUCUCAUUCUUCAGCUGCCAACGGCGGGAAAUCAAUUUUUCGUUUCCGCCAUUGAAAAACCCUAACAAAAAAUCACCUCAUUAUCCCCCACAGCCACAGGGGGAGAAGAAGAGCCAUGGCUGCCGACGCAUUACCUGAAAACGGCGGUGCGAAGCUCAGCGACAACGAUGAAUUUCACACGAGCGGCGCGCCGCUCAAGUACAUCCCGCUCUGCGAGGUGUACUCCGCUACAUCUCCCCGCGUCACCGCAUCCGGAUCGAAGAAGGUCAAGGCUGCAGCCAGGAAGCCGCCGCAAACCAACGGCCAUGGUCAAUUGACGGAGCACCCGAUCACGCCGGAGUCUCAGUUCGCUGUCGUCUACUCGAGGCGCCGGAGGAGGGCGGAGAGCACCAAUUUCAUGAAGGGGCUGCUUCCGGAGAGUGUGAAUGCGGAAUCGGAGGUUGACGGUAGGGCGGAGGGGGCUGUCAUGAAGCGGAGGAGGUUUCGGGAUGUGGAAGUGGGGAGUGAUUGUAAGUUGUCGGGGGAAUCCGAUGCUCCGGCGCCGUUGAGUGAUGAUCUUGACAAAACUAACUGUAAAAUUGUUCGGGAAAACAGGAAUGUGUGUAAAAUUGAUAGUAGUAGCAAGACGAAAAAACAAAAAAAUGAUUCUUCGGAGACUGCUGAAAAGAAUUCAGGAGCUGGACGGAUGAGGAGAUGGGUCCGGCUGAGUUUCGAUGGAGUUGAUCCUGAGAAGUUCAUUGAGUUACAAUGCAAGGUCUACUGGCCACUGGAUGCAAGCUGGUAUUGUGCCCAUAUAACAGGGUACAAUUCUGAGACUGGUCAGCACCAUUUGAAGUAUGAGGAUGGAGAGCAAGAAGAGCUGGUUUUAUCUGAUGAACGUAUAAAGUUUUAUAUCUCUUCCAAGGAGAUGCAAAUUAUGGAGUUGAAGUUAUGUGAGAAGAGCUCUGAAGCUGAUGAACUUGAUGCUAACGAGAUGAUGGUUUUGGCCGCCACUUUAGAUGAUGAUUGCGAAGAGAUUGAGACUGGUGAUCUAAUUUGGGCUAAACUUACUGGACAUGCUGCAUGGCCAGCAAUUGUUUUAGACGAAUCUCAUGUGGGUAAACACAAGGGAUUGAACAAAAUUUCUGGAGAGAAGUCCGUGAUUGUACAAUUCUUUGGCACCUAUGAUUUUGCUAGGGUUCCGCGCAAACAAGUUAUCCAAUUCCUCAAGGGCCUUCUUUCGUCCUGUCAUUCAAAGUGCAAGAAACCUAGUUUUGUUCGAGGAUUGGAGGAGGCAAAAGUAUAUCUUAGUGAACAGCGGCUACCUGAAAGUAUGCAGCAGCUGCGAGAUGGUGUUGAAGGUGAUGUUGAGGAUAAUAGAAGCAGGGAGAAUGAAGAUGGUGCUGACUCGGAUGGUGAGUCUAUAAGCCAUGAUGAGAUACUUAAGAAACUUGAUGAUCUCAAAAGCUCUAAAUUGGAAGAUGGAGAGCUGCAAAUAGUAAGCCUCGGAAAGAUUGUCAGAGACUCCAGCAAUUUCCAAAAUGAGAAAUACAUAUGGCCCGAGGGUUAUAGUGCUGUAAGGAAGUUCACAUCUUUUUCAGAUCCAACUGUGCAUACUAUGUAUAAGAUGGAAGUACUGCGAGAUGUUGACUCGAGGACAAGACCUCUAUUUAAAGUUACAGGAGAUAAUGGAGAAGAGUUCAAUGGACCAACUCCAUCAGCUUGCUGGAAUAAAAUUUACAAAAAGAUCAGGAACGUGCAAAUCAGAAAUAAAGACAAUAAAGCUGAUCAGAAAUUUUCCUCUGGUUCUUAUAUGUUUGGUUUUUCCCACCCAAAAGUUUUCAGAAUCAUAAAGGAGAUGUCGCGAUCAGCGGCGAAGUCUUCCCUGUUGGCCUCUAGGAAAAUGAAAAACUCAUCUGUUGGUUACAGACCUGUUACAGUUACAUGGAUGGACCUUGACAAGUGCAAUGUUUGCCAUAUGGAUGAGGAGUACGAGAACAAUUUAUUUCUUCAGUGUGACAAAUGCAGAAUGAUGGUUCAUGCUAGAUGCUACGGAGAACUAGAGCCCAGUGAUGGAGUGCUUUGGUUAUGCAACUUAUGCCGUCCUGGAGCACCCGAAUCUCCUCUAUGCUGCCUCUGUCCUGUAGUAGGAGGUGCUAUGAAACCCACCACCAAUGACAGUUGGGCUCAUCUGGCUUGCGCCAUUUGGAUUCCAGAAACAUGUUUAUUAGAUGUUAAAAAAAUGGAACCUAUUGAUGGGAUUGAUCGAAUCAACAAGGAUCGGUGGAAGCUACUUUGCAGCAUCUGUCACGUUUCUCAUGGAGCGUGCAUACAGUGCUCCAACAUUAAUUGUCGUGUGUCAUACCAUCCCCUGUGUGCACGUGCUGCCGGCUUUUGCCUCGAGACUGAGGACAUGGAUAGAGUCCACACAGCUCCUCUCGAUGAGGAUGACGAGUAUCGGUCCAUUCAGCUUCUUUCUUUCUGUGAGAGACACAGGCCCAAGUCUAAUGAAAAUGUGGCUUCUGACAAACAAAUUGUUCAAAAGGCUACUGAAGAUGAACAUGCUGAAUAUAUUCCACCUAUAAACCCUAGCGGUUGCGCUCGCACUGAAAUUUAUGAUUACCGGAAGAAGCGGGAAAAAAAUGGACAAGAUGGUCCGUCAUCAAAGCGCUUGUAUGUGGAGAACGUGCCACAUAUACCAGGUGGGUUCAGCCAUCAUAUGCCCUUGUGGAACAAAACGUCCUCAAAUGAACCUGGUAGUUCCAAGCACUCUGUAGACCUUCUGGAGUUAAGAAGCUUGCAACUAAAGUCAUCUCGUGAGUUUCUUUCAGUUGCUGAUAAGUACAACCACAUGAGGGAGACCUAUAGGAGGAGACUGGCAUAUGGGAAGUCUCGUAUACAUGGUUUUGGUGUCUUCACUAAACUUCCAUAUAAAGCUGGAGACAUGGUGAUUGAGUAUACUGGGGACAUUAUUCGGGGUUCAGUAGCCGACAGAAGAGAACACUUGUCUUACAACAAACUUGUGGGUGCUGGAACUUAUAUGUUCCGGAUUGAUGAUAACCGUGUUUUAGAUGCCACCAAGUCAGGAAGCAUAGCACAUUUGAUUAACCACUCAUGUGAAUCAAACUGUUAUUCAAGAGUCAUUACUGUCAAUGACCAGAACCACAUAAUUAUAUUCGCGAAGCGAGACAUCAAUUAUGGUGAAGAACUAACAUAUGAUUACAGAUUUUCUUCAAUUGGUGAACGACUAGCCUGUUAUUGUGGAUCAUCUAAAUGCCGGGGUGUAGUGAAUGACGUUGAGUCUGAAGAAAGAGUUAAAAAACUACAUGUACCCAGCAGUGAAUUGACAGAUUGGAAAGGAGAAUAAAAGAGAAGCUUGUUUUGGCGCACCAUGGAAUCGGGGAAGAGCAUGGAAGAUGUUGCCGUGGAUGGCCAUUGCUGAGCAAGAGAUGUCUGUACCUCCUUAUUUUAUUUUGCCCAGAAACUACAGUAUAUUGCUACAUAGGAUAAGACCAAUAAGGAUUCUCAAUUCUUAAUUUAUUUCUCAUGUCUGUAAAAAGAAAAGGUUUUGCCUCUGAUUGAGAGGUGAUUCCUUUAUCAGUUGGGAGCUAUUUUUUCUUCUUUUAUUGAAAGAAAAACCACAGUUUCGGUAA